AUGUCUUCUCACUCUGCUUCUGCUGCUGCUGCUGCCAACCAGGCUCUCAUCGCUCUUGUUGCCCGGCUCAAUGAGAUGGUUCAAGAGGUUCUCCAGUCGCAGUCUGAGGACGAGAAAAUGGACUUGAGCUGUGAGAUUGCUCGCGAAGUGAGGCGCACUGCACAAUUGGUGGUAGUACCGGAUUGGAACCGUCUUGGUAACAAUCAGGAUAUGUGCAUGAAGCAUCCAUUGUACAGUAAGACAUUGGGUCAUGCACCACCUGUUUCACCUGCAGCUACUGCUCCUGCACCUGCGCCGGUACCUGCGCCUGCACCGGUACCUGCUCCUGCUCCUGCCCCGGUACCUGUGCCUGCCCCAGUACCUGCUCCUGCUCCUGCACCGGUACCUGCGCCUGCACUGGUACCUGCCUCUGCACCUUCGCUGGUACCGGCGCCACAUAUCAGCAUUCGCAUACCCAAAGAUGUAGCACCCGGUGGGACAGCAGCAGCAGGGCCAUCAACAAACCGGAAAUGCCGACUCAGCAGCCCUCCUUUGCCUCGAGUCAAUUGGGCCCGGAAGCCUGCCCCAAAGUUGAAGGAAAUUUUGUCUGACACUGACACUACCGACAAUGACAAGGUGAAGGGGAAGGGGAAGGGGAAGGCAAAAGCACUGGAAGAUGACAGCGAUGAGGAUGGUGAGGGGAUCGAUGUAGAUGAUCUUUCAGACGUUGAGGCAAGUUUGGCUGUAAUCAUUGUAAAAAAGAAGGGCAGUGCAUCGAAGGCAAGUCAGCAGGUUGUGAUUCAGGAUGAUGAAGAGGAUGAAUUGGAGGAUGAGGAUGAUGAUACACAAGGCAGGCCAAAGGCAAGUUCAUUAUUCUUCUUCACAUUUGCCAGUCUAUCGCUCAUCCGGAUGCAGGCCACUGUCAGACCAGGGAAACGACAAAAACUGUCCAUGCAGCCCAAGGGCAAGGCCACCAGUAAGAAGGGCAAAGUGCCACAACCGAAGAUGGCAUGCAUCCGGACUAACACAGAGAGCACACACACCACCUCUUCCACCGCCAUUACCCCCAUCACCGUCACUGCACCACCUGCAGCCGCAGUCGCCACUUGCUCCAAGACCAUCCGGUCCAAAGCCACCGGAGAGAAGAUGGGUGGGAAAUCCAAGAUGAAAGGCAAGUCUUUUGUUUCCGGCAAGGAUAUCUGGCACCCCAAUCCUAUCCAAGAGGAAGAGGACAACAUCAACGAUGUCCAGAUGGUUGGUGCCGGCGGUUCUGUACAACAACCAGCCCCUUUGGCAUCGGCAAACGAUUUCCCUGCUGAUCAUUGG